UCUUCAUUUUCCUCUCUUAUCUUCGUCUCUAACCUUUUCUUCCGCCUCCCUUGCAAAAGAAAACCCAAACUCACCACAGAAUCUAUUUCUCGAUCACUCUCUUAUGUAAAAAAACUUACGGAAGUUGUAGAUCGGUUCUUUUCAAAUUGCAAUGGCUAUGGCUUCUUUGAAACUCAUUUUCUCUUCUUCUUAUUCUCUCUUCUUCUUUCUUCUUUUUCGUUCUUCUUCUCUGCUCUUAUUCAGUUGAAAAUCCAGAGGUGAAAUUGAGGUAUGGCUUGAGGAAAAUUAAAUCGUGAGGAUGUAUAAAAUAAGAAGGAAUUGGUGUUUCUGCCAAUUAUGAAGAAGAAGAUUGAGUCCUGUUAUGAAUCGAGAACUAGGGUUUUCUUUGUGAAUCGUUAAUCGAGUUAGAAAUUGAGAAAUUAAAGAUGGGUUUGGUGAAUAGAUAUUAGGGUUCUUGGAUGUAAUUGAAUCAAGUGAAUGACAUUGAAAUUAAGGUUUUAGGGGAAGGAUUAGAGAUGUGUAUGUUUGAUUUGAAAUUUUUAUUGAUGUUGUGAAGCUGUAAAUAAAUUGAAGAAGGUGAUGUUGAAGUUGAAUCGAAUUACAGGCCGUGGUGGUGGUGGUAGAGGCAGAGGAGGAGGUCGUGGUGGUGGUGGAAUGAAAGCUUGUUGCUGCUAUACUUGGCGGUGUUGACAAUAUUUGGAUUGUACCUGGAGCUAGAGUUUUGUAUCUUGGGGAUGCUAUGGGGACAGAAAUCAUCAUCAGAGCUACUAGAACCCAAAAUGUUCUUGGUGAGAAGGAAAGGAGGAUUAGAGUACUGACUUCUGUAGUACAGAAGAGGUUUAAGUUCCCUGAGAACACCUACAUCUGCAGUCCUCUUCUUGGGCAUGGUCCUAGUAUGCUACCAACUCUGAAUCUAACAGGCGAUUGGAUAUUGUCGGAAAAGGUAUUGAAUCUUUCAGGGAAGGUGCAUAAUGGAGAUAUAGUGACUGCACGCUCACCUGAAAAUCCAAAAAAGUUUGUUGUUAAGCGAAUUAUGGGUAUGGAAGGAGAUACUGUAACUUACAUUGUCGACCCCAAGAAUUCGGAGAAAUGUCGAACUAUUACGGUGCCAAAAGGACAUGUUUGGAUCCAGGAAGAUAACAUAUAUUCCUCAAAUGAUUCGCGCCGUUUUGGUUCUAUCCCGUAUGGUCUUAUUGAAGAUUUGGCCAGUUCAUGGAUUUGGAUCACUGGGACAAGAACUCUAGUAUCGAUUUGAUAAGAUAGCCUGAUACAGUUGCAGGAGAUAUUUUCGUGGUGUUGCAAACUUGCAACAGAAGGAGCAGCCUAAGUUCAAACAGAAGUUUGAUGAUCUCUUUGCAUAAUAUUCACUGAGCUUGACUGAGGCUCUAUGUGGCUUCCAGUUUUCCAUAACCCAUCCCAAUGGCAGGCAGCUUCUGAACAAAUCCAAUCCUAGCGAAAUCAUCAAGCCAGCACCGCUAGUGCAUGGAUUUUCACAAAAUCUCAAGGAUGUGGUGCAUCAGGAACAAGUAACAACUUCUAUAAUGGAAAGAUUAUUGGUGCACAACAUUUUGCAGCAGCUGCUGUUGCUUAGAUGGUUUUUUCCGUAAACUACGCAUCUCCUCUUGAUGGUGAUGGGCCCAAAAGGUUUGUGUUUGCCUGGGAUUCUCAUCACUGAUACCAGAAAUUCAAUGGAUGUUCUCAUAGACAUCUUAAUCUUCAUAAUCUUUUUAGAGUGUGUUUUGGAAACUCCACUUUUGUAACAAACAUCUAUACAUCACUGCCAUUUUUUGAAUGUAUGUGUUUAAGACUGGCAGGCUAACUUGAAUGAAUGUAAAUGUGUUACACUAGCAGCUUAAUGUGAAUGUAAAUUACUUUCGGCAA